AUGUUUUGCCGGGUAGCUAGACGUGGAUUCAGGGCAGAUGGCGUGCGCGCAUACCGGGUGUCCGUGCUGGGAGCCAACGGCGGUAUCGGACAGCCUUUGUCACUUCUGUUGAAGCUCAACAAGCGGGUUACCGACCUGCGCCUGUAUGAUCUCAAGGGUGCCAAGGGUGUAGCAGCAGACCUGUCCCACAUCCCUACGAACUCGCAGGUAAGCGGGUACACUGCGGAGAACCCCGAGGCGCUGCGCGAGGCGCUUACGGGUGCGGACGUAGUAGUGGUUCCAGCCGGCGUGCCCCGCAAGCCGGGCAUGACGCGGGACGACCUGUUCGCCAUUAACGCGGGCGUCGUGCAGCAGCUUGCUGGGGCGAUUGGGCAGCAUGCGCCGGGCGCAGCAGUGCUUGUAAUCUCUAACCCGGUCAACUCGACGGUGCCUAUCAUGGCCGCGGAGCUGCGCAAGCUGGGGGUGUACGACCCACGUAAACUGUUCGGCGUGACCACCCUGGACAGCAUCCGGGCGUCGCGCUUCAUCUCUGAGGUGCAGGGGACGGACCCCACGCGGGAGCGCGUGCCCGUGAUCGGCGGCCACUCCGGGAUCACAAUCAUCCCGGUGUUGUCGCAGACGCAGCACACGGGCAUCGACAAGGCCACCCGCGACGCGUUGAUUCACCGGAUCCAGUUUGGCGGCGACGAGGUCGUGAAGGCCAAGAACGGCGCGGGCUCUGCCACGCUAUCGAUGGCGCGCGCAGGAGCGAAGUUCGCGGACGCCGUGUUGGCCGGUCUGGCGGGCGAGCAGGGCGUGGUGGAACCGGCCUUCGUCGACUCGCCUCUCUACAAGAGCGAGGGCAUUGAGUUCUUCGCCUCUGCCGUCACGCUCGGCCCACGCGGUGUCGAGGAGGUCCACCCUGUCGGCACCCUGUCAGCCGAGGAGGAGGAGAUGCUAGCUAAGUGCAAGGAGACUUUGAAGCAGAACAUCGAGAAGGGUAUCAACUUCGCCAAGUAA